CCGCAACCGAGUUCGAAUCGGGCGCCAAAUCAGAGCCUGGCAUGCGCAAUCCGCUUUGUGGUCGAAGCAGCACCAUUGCACGCCGCGCCCACGUGCUCUCAGUGUUAUGAAAAUUGUUGCAAAUGCCUUCGCCCUUUCCGAUGAGUGUCGCGAAAUCCCUUAACGUUCAACUGCGCCGCACUUGCUGUCGAUGGUGGUUGCGUUCGGCCUCCGAUGACGCGAAGAAAGUGGUGCUGGACGAGCGACGGCGGAGUCGACAAGCGCUUCUUCGAGUGCGGCUGCCGUGUUCCGCCGCGAUUUCGGCUGUCGACGACGGCUCGGCAGUGGUGACCGCGACGCUGAUGGGCGCGAGGCCCUUCCUCGGUUGCGAGUCCCCGAUUGCGCUUUCGCUGGACGGCGCCGCGCUCACCGUGACCGGCGUGGACGGAACAGUGGCGGACCUGCUGUGCCGUCUGCGCGUGCCCUUCAUGACGAGUAUCGACGUAGAGUUGUCUGGAUGUGCCCAGGCCACACUCGAAAACCUGGUCCUGGACCAGUGCACAGUGCGGACAGAGGGACAGGGAGACAUUGCACUGUCCAAUGUCAAGGCCAACGCUGUGGUUCUCACUGUGGAGGAUGGCUCCAUCACAGCCAAAGGAGCUGUGCAGGGAAACCUGGAAGUGACGUCUCAAGGAUCAGGGGGCUUCAAGGCUCAACGGCUGCUGGCCAAUCACCUCAAGGUGAAGACCUUGGCAGGGCAGCAGCACUUGUCUGCGGUCUACGCUGAAAAGGCACGCCUGGAGUCUACAGAGGGCAUCAUAGACAUAGGGACCCUGCACAGCCAAGAUGCAGUGCUCACGUCGCAGUCAGGUGCCAUACUUUUGGGGGGCCUUGAUGGCGACCGGUGCAGCGUGACUACUGGCUCUGGAGACGUGUCAGUGGUGGUCACUCACAGCCAGCAUCUUAGUGUUACGACUGAUUCUGGAAACGUCACCCUCAGCUUGUCGGCACCCUGUAAAGUGACUGUGGACGCACCUGUGAAGAAGUCAGAUUUUGAUGGCCUGUCGGAAGGUGAUGUUCACUCCGCCACCGAAUCUCAGAUCACAGCCAAAAGUUGCUCUGGAAGUGUGAUCGUGAAGAAGCAAGACUGGAUCAGUUCACUGAAUCUUGGAGGAAGAUCAACGUAGCAGAAUGGAUAUCAGCGCCUGAGUGUAUUGCCUGAGGAAUU